ACAGCUCGCGCGCGCACCAGACAGACGCCUUCUCCCUCUCCCGCAGUACAGGGUACAGCUCGCGCUCACACAAGACACCAUCUCCCUGCCUGCGAUCCGAUGCGUCCAACGUUUUCAGCCGGGGUACGGUCCUACCACCGCUGUGCCUAAUAAUUGGCGGCUAGCUAGCUAGCUAGCUGCAGCUGCUGCGAUCCUGGAUCGGCACAGCCGGUUCUUGAUGUGGAGGGAGCGGCGGCGGGCGCUGCUCCUGCUGGUGGCCGGCGCGGCGCUGGGACUGAUCGGUGCCGCGCUCGCGAGCGCGCCGCCGGAGGCCGCGCUGAAGGUCGGGUUCUACCAUGCGACGUGCCCCAUCGCGGAGGACGUGGUCCUCGCCGAGAUGAGGCUCAUCCUCAUGGAGGACGCCACGGUCGCGCCGUCCCUGCUCCGGAUGCACUACCACGACUGCUUCGUGCAGGGCUGCGACGGGUCGAUCAUGCUCCAGUCGAGGAAGAAGGGGAAGGCGGAGCGGGACGCGCUGCCCAACCGUAGCAUGCGAGGGUUCGACGCCAUCGAGCGGAUCAAGGCCCGGCUCGAGACCGUCUGCCCGCUCACCGUCUCCUGCGCCGACAUCAUCGCCAUGGCGGCGAGGGACGCCGUCUACCUGAGCCACGGGCCGUGGUACGACGUGGAGACCGGGCGGCGCGACGGCAACGUCACCGUGGCCGAGUACGUCGACAACGACCUGCCGCCGCCGGACUCCAACAUUGUCGACGUGAAGACCUUCUUCAGCGUCAAGUCGCUUAACUCGAAGGACAUCGCCGUCCUCUUCGGGUGCCACAGCAUCGGGACCUCCCACUGCGGCCCGAUCCAGAAGCGGCUCUACAACUUCACCGGCAACAUGGACGGCCAGGACCCGUCGCUGGACCCGGCCUACGCCGCCGAGCUCAGGAAGCUCUGCCCGCCUCCCAGACCCGGCGACGAUGCUAGGAAGGUCAAGGUGCCUUUGGACCCCGGCAGCAACUACACCUUCGACCUGAGCUACUACCGCCACGUGCUCGCCACGGGCGGGCUGUUCCAGUCCGACGGCAGCCUCCUGCACGACCCCGUCACCAGAGGCUACGUCGAGAAGGUGGCCAAGGCGUCGUCGCCCGACGAGUACUACGCGGACUUCGCCGCGGCGAUGGUCAAGAUGGGCCGCACCGACGUGCUUGUCGGCGAUCAUGGGGAGAUCAGGCCAACGUGUGGCAUUUUUGUUGACUAGGUUCAGGAUUGGGUUGAAGAUGCGAAGAUAAUCUGUACGGGUUUCUGUCAACGUGUACUGUGCGUGCUGUUAGAUCAGAAAGAGCACGGUCGCUGUUAACUGUGUAUCCGGGAAUGCUGUUCUGUUCACACACGGUCGUCACUGAUCUACUGAAUUGUCAGCCAUGAUGUAAUUAUUUAUCUACGUAUUAGUUGUAUAUUCUUCU